AGCAUUUCAUAUUCGCUUGCCCUCCACUUGUCUCGUCUCUCCAUGGCGACCAGAAAACGACCCGUCGGUCUCUCCCUUCUUAUACCACGGCCGCCAUUCUCCGAGAACGGGAGGAGAUCGGCGUGUGAUGCAUGGCGCGGCCAAGUGAUCGACGACGUGCGACGAUGGCGGUUCGGGUGGCUGCCCCGUCUACGGCUGCACCACCCGCGCUCGUCUUUGCGCUCGCGGUUGUGUUUGCUGUGGUGAGAGCGGAGGGUGGCUCCGGCCAUGUGAGCUUCGGCGAGGCGGCGAACGGCGGCAAUGCACCGUCGUUGAGGGCCGGUGAGGUGGGUGCGGGUCUGGAGUUAGCUGCCCGCGAUCGUGUGCCGGCGUCGAGGGUGUCGGUGGUAGGUUGCGUGUGCGUGCCGUCGGUGGGGUCACUGGAAGGCUGCGCGUGCCCGCCAACACCGCCACCGCCACCUCCCGCGUGCCCGCCACCGCCUCCACCUCCACCACCGCCAUGCCCGCCGCCGCCUCCACCGCCACCACCGGCGUGUCCUCCACCGCCACCGCCGCCACCCGCCUGCCCGCCGCCGGAGCCGGAGCCGACGCCGUGGGAUUUCGAAAACAAGAAGUUGGAGCAGCUGUACCCGGUGAUCCAGGCGUUCAAGCGCACCAUCACGAGCGACCCGCUCAACGUGACGGCGACGUGGGUGGGCACCAAGAUCUGCGACAGCGCCAAAGGCGGCGGCGCGUACAAGGGCUUCUACUGCGACACCCCGCCGGACGACGUCAACAAGACGCUCACCGUGGCGUCCAUCGACUUCAACGGCUUCCACCUGUGCGCGCCCACGCUGGCCGGCUUCAUCGACGCCUUCCCGGACCUGGCGCUCUUCCACGCCAACUCCAACAACUUCUCCGGCGACCUCCCGGACCUCACCUCCCUGCGCUACUUCUACGAGCUCGACCUCUCCAACAACGGCUUCUCCGGCGCCUUCCCGGCUGCCGUGCCGCCGCUCGGCCGCCUCGCCUUCCUCGACCUCCGAUUCAACGGCUUCGCGGGCGAGGUGCCGCCCUCCGUCUUCGGCAUCUCCGUCGAGGCGCUCUUCCUCAACAACAACGCCUUCACCGGCGUCAUUCCCGAGAGCACCUUCGGCACCAGCAGGGCCGAGUACAUCGUGGUGGCCAACAACCGCUUCACGGGACCCAUCCCGCGCUCCAUCUUCAACGUCUCCGGCACGCUCUCCGAGAUCCUCUUCCUCAACAACGACCUCUCGGGGUGCCUCCCCUACGAGGUCGGACUGGUGGAGGGGCUCAUGGUGUUCGACGCCGGCGGAAACCAGAUCCGCGGCCCCAUCCCGCUCUCGUUCGGCUGCCUCGCCGACGUCCAGGAGCUCAACCUAGCACGGAACCAGCUCUACGGCCACGUCCCCGACGUGCUCUGCCUCCUCGCCAAGACCGGCAAGCUCACCAACCUCUCCCUCUCCGACAACUACUUCCACUCCGUGGGCUACCACUGCAUGGAGCUCGUGAGGAGCCGCGUGCUGGACGUGCGCCGGAACUGCAUCCUCGGGUUCCCCGGCCAGCGCCCGCACAUCGAGUGCGCCAUGUUCUACGCCGACCCCACCAAGCACUGCCCCUUCAUCCCACACAUACCAUGCGACCUACCGGGGUUCAAGCCGAAGCAGACGGCCGCCGCUGCCGCGUUACCCGCCGGGGAGAGCGCGGUGCAUGGCCUUGGAGCGGACGGGAGCGUGGCGGCGAGAACCACUGACGUCGGGAUAGGUGGUUAAUUAGGUGAGGUUGAACAGCAAAAAUGUGACACAUAUAUGAAUCGUUUGGUCAUUGAUGAAUUCUUGAAGUGUUUUAUUAUAGUAUAUGUCGACCUGAUCGCAUGAAGCA